AUGAAAAUAGUCAAAGCUAAAGUAGGAUCGCAGAAAAUUAAUUGUCGCCUCGAACCAGGAUUUCUCGGACUAUCAAUGUGUACUGAUAAGCUCCUCAAGAAAAUAGGUGGUAAAAUUAGCAGAAAAUUAACACUCGAAGAAAAAGAUAGCAAAUUCAUCAGAGAAGAAGCCACAGCUCCACUUGGAUUGGCCGUAAUCCCACUUACAUUUACAUCUAAUAUAAAAGAUAAUAUCCGUCUUAAUAAUAAAAAAUCUAUCACGAUUCCAACCGAAGUACUGGUUGAUAGAUAUAACUCUACAUUACCUAAUUAUAUAAUGCUUGGUAAUAAUUGGUUCUAUGGACGCAAAUAUGAUGAUGAUGAGCUCCAGACUUAUAUACCAGAAAUAGUGACCGAUGCAGAAGAUGCCUGGGUAAGAACAACUUUGCGUAUUAAAAACCUAACUGAGAAGAAAGGGGAGAGAGUAAUAGUAUCUGUUAAUAAAAGAGAUAUUCAUGAUUUUUACAAAAUACUUCCUGGGAAAUCGAAAGAUUCGGGCACUUCCAAUUCGGAUACUUCUUCCAAUUCAGAUACUUCGGACAGCGAUUCAAGUAAUUCUUCCACAUCUAGUUCAGAAAUAGAA